AUGGAGCCUUUGGGAAGGCCUCAAACGGUUGGCGUCAGGGGAGGGGCGAACCCCCUGGAACGCGAUCGCCUGGUGAAGGCGAACAUUUUGUACAUUGACGGAAGAGACCUGCAUCGGAGUCGCCUGCUGGACUACAUCCCCCUCGGCCGAAAUGUGGAAGAAAAAGCACAAGAGCAUCCAAGUGACCAAUCGAGCUCAUGCAACAACAACAACAGCCUCCUUUCCCGUUAUGUGCUCGAAAUCCUCGUGUUCUUAUGCAGUUCGGAUUCGCGCUUUUACGCCAAAAGAUUCGGAGUACCUACGAAUGAUUACAGGAAAACCCUCCAGGAUUACAAUAAGGUGUGCAUGGCGGGGGCGCUGCGAGGACCGCCUUAUACAAUCGAGCAGACUAUUUGGUACGUGGUGAAGAUGCAAUACAGGUUUCAAACAGACAGCAUGUACAAUCAGCUGGAGGACGUGUGUGUAAGCAUUUUGAAUUUGUCUUUGAUGGAAGUGCCACCUGGCAGCCCACUCCUAGGACCCGAAAUUUUACUCGCUUCUCUCGAUGAGUAUCAUUCGCGUUUGUUCGCGAAUUAUUACAAAUGGUGCGACUACUUGGGGGCUGAGCCUUUCCCCUGGAGGUCUCCCCCGUGGCUCGACGACAGCUUUUGUGCACAGGACACUUCCGUGGCAGCGGGCGAGGCUGCCGACAGCACAGGGAAUCCAACAGCGAAAAAUUGUUCCUCACAGAUGCGUCAAGAUAUCCAGCAGAUGAUGUUUGAGGUCGCCACGUUUAAGCUGCUUUGGGCAGAGGCGGCAAACCUUCGCCACACACCUGAGCUCCUGUGCUGGCUGUUUCACUGGCUUUGUAUGGCGUGGGACAAGAAGUACAGACCUGAAGAGGAUUUCGUCGAUCUGAUCCGCGACGUUAUUCAACGAAUCCGAGAUGAACAAUGGUAG